AUGUCGGAUGUUGAUGAAAGUUUAAACGCGUCUUAUGAGGACAUUUGUGAAUCUGUUGUAAAUAUCUUAAAGGAACAUCCACGACAUCUCAGUUUAAUGCAUUUAAAUACCCAGAGUAUGGUGUCCUCUUUCAACGAGUUCCAGGUCUUUUUAUCUCAGUAUCCGAUGGAUGUUAUCACUAUGAGUGAAACGUGGCUCAAGGAAAAUCCCGCACUUUUAGAAUAUGUUUCUUUGUCCGGUUACGGAGCAGUGUUUCGAAACCGUGACAAGAUCCGUGGGGGUGGUGUAGGAGCAUAUAUUAGCAACUCGAUCAAGUACAAGCGAAGAAAGGACAUUGAGAAUCUUCAACCAAAUAUGGAACAAUUAUGGUUUGAAGUGCCAGGACGAAACAAGAACAGUAAAGCAUUGAUCGGUGUGAUCUAUCGAUCCGAGCGAAUUCAAAGCUCUUCAGAUUGGUUAGACAGUUUUUGCUGGGUCAUCUCACCGUAUCAUGGGAUGGCCUGCUUUUAGUUACUGGUGAUAUCAAUAUUGAUUUAUUGAAACCUAAUGAUCCUCUAAGCAAAAAGUAUCAAUCAAUUCUGGAAAUUUUUGGACUUACUCAACAUGUCACAAAACCAACAUGUGUCACGCAAAAUUCAAAAACUUUAAUUGAUCAUAUUGUAACCAAUGACCCGCAUUGUGUGGCAGCUACGGGAAUAAUCCCAGCUCCUACGAUCAGCGACCAUGAUGCAGUUUUUGCCUGUGUAAACGUGCGUGUGCACCGUUUUCAACCUAGAUACAAAUGGAUACGGCUGGAGAGGAAAUUUGUAACCGAAGAAUUUCUUCAAGACUCCGCUAACCUACCGUUUUCCAUAAUAUAUGGAUUAGAAUCACCCGACGACAUGGUAAAUGCACUCAACACUUUGUUCAGUGAAUGUAUAGAGAGACACGCUCCAUUAAAGUACGAAAGGACAUUAGGAACCAAGCCAGCUGCACUAUCAGAUCUACUUGAAUUCAUUGAUUCUCUUUCCGAUGGUACAACGCCACAGCAAUCAUUCUCUUUACGAUCCGUUUUGCAUUGUGAGGUGUUGUGCGAAAUUGACAAACUCCGCUCAGACACAUCUACUGGCAUUGAUAAUAUACCGGUUAAGUUUGUAAAACUGGCGAGAGAACAUCUGGUGGGUCCUUUACAAUACAUAAUAAACAAUUGUAUUGCUAGGUCGGCCUUUCCAGAAGCGUGGAAAAUUGCAAGAAUAUCGCCCAUCCCUAAAAUAGAUCAACCUUUGUGUGAGGCGGACUAUAGACCAGUCUCAAUUUUGCCGGCGUUAUCAAAGGUAUUUGAGCGGCUUGUUUUAAAUCAGAUGAUUGCGUAUAUUGAAGAAAGGGCGCUUCUUGGAGCUACGAUAUCUGGAUUUCGAAAAGGGCAUUCGACAACAACUGUGUUGCUGGGUAUUCGAGACGCGUUGAUUCGAGCAUCAAAGAAAGGAGAG